UCACUGGAAGGGCCGUUUCCGGCCCGCUUGAAAGCGCCCAUGUACAGGGCUUGACCCAUCCGGGGAACUGCUUCAGAGUGUGGGAUACAUUUAAGAAUGUUGGCGUAGAGAGGCAGGCAAUAACGCGAACAGCCACACUUCUAGAAGAUUCUAGGCCGCGCGCAGGAGCACGGGUAGAGGGAGACGCACUGAGCCAGCGAAGGACCCGGGGUCACGAGGCCGUUGGGGGGAGGAGCCAGCGGCCGGGGAGGUUCUAGUCUGUUCGGCCUCGCGGCAUCCGCCCCCUUCUGCGCGGUCACGCUGAGCCAGCGCCCGGGCCUGGGAACGGGCCGCAGCCGCCUCCGCCUGCCUCUCCGCCACCAUGGACCCCCGCAAAGUGAGCGAGCUCCGGGCCUUCGUGAAAAUGUGUAAGCAGGAUCCGAGCGUCCUGCACACCGAGGAGAUGCGCUUCCUGAGAGAGUGGGUGGAGAGCAUGGGGGGUAAAGUACCACCUGCUACUCAUAAACCUAAAUCAGAAGAAAAUAUCAAGGAAGAAAAAACAGAUAGCAAGAAGACGGAGGAAAACAUAAAGAGAGAUGAGCCAUCAAGUGAGGAAAGUGAUCUGGAAAUUGACAAUGAAGGUGUAAUUGAACCAGACACUGAUGCCCCUCAAGAAAUGGGAGAUGAAAAUGCAGAGAUAACCGAGGAGAUGAUGGAUCAAGCAAAUGAAAAGAAAGGGGCUGCCAUUGAAGCCCUGAAUGAUGGUGAGCUACAGAAAGCCAUUGACUUGUUCACAGAUGCUAUCAAGCUAAAUCCUCGCUUGGCCAUUCUAUAUGCCAAGAGAGCCAGUGUCUUUAUCAAGUUACAGAAGCCAAAUGCUGCCAUUCGAGACUGUGACAGAGCCAUUGAAAUAAAUCCUGAUUCAGCUCAGCCUUAUAAGUGGCGAGGGAAAGCACACAGACUUCUGGGCCACUGGGAAGAAGCAGCCCAUGAUCUUGCCCUUGCCUGUAAACUGGAUUAUGAUGAUGAUGCUAGUGCAAUGCUGAAAGAAGUUCAACCAAGGGCCCAGAAAAUUGCUGAACAUCGGAGAAAAUAUGAGCGAAAACGCGAAGAGCGAGAGAUCAAAGAAAGAAUAGAAAGGGUUAAGAAGGCUCGAGAAGAGCACGAGAGAGCCCAGAGGGAGGAAGAAGCCAGACGACAAGCAGGAGCUCAGUUUGGUUCUUUUCCAGGUGGCUUUCCUGGGGGAAUGCCUGGUAAUUUUCCUGGAGGAAUGCCUGGAAUGGGAGGAGGCAUGCCUGGAAUGGCAGGGAUGCCUGGGCUCAAUGAAAUUCUUAGUGAUCCAGAGGUUCUUGCAGCCAUGCAGGAUCCAGAAGUUAUGGUGGCUUUCCAGGAUGUGGCCCAGAACCCAGCAAAUAUGUCAAAAUAUCAAAGCAACCCGAAGGUUAUGAAUCUUAUCAGUAAAUUGUCAGCCAAAUUUGGAGGUCAAGCAUAAUGCCCACCUGACAAAACCCUUGCUGAAGGAAAAGCAACCUAGAUCAUUUAAUGGAUGUCGCAAUAAUACAAACCAGUGUACCUCUGACCUCAUCAGGAGAGCUGGGGUGCUUUGAAGAUAAUCCUUACCCCUCUGCAGCAAAUGCAAUUGAAGCAUUUUACAAUGGUUUGCCAUUAGGGUAUUCAUUCAGAUAAUGUUUUCCUACUAGGAAUUACAAACUUUAAACACUUUUUAAACCUUAAAAAUAUUUAAAACAAAAGGGGGUGUUAUUUCCUACAUUUUUCUUUACUAAUCAUUUUGAAUUUUUUCUUUGAUAUUGGGCAAGGCAGAUACUAAGUAUGGAAAAUACAUUGCCCUAGUGUGAGUGAAAUACUUACUAGUGGGAAGUAAAUAAAUCUCAUUUACAUAGAUAAAA